UGAGGCCAUUUUUUGAAAAAAAAAUUAGAUUUUCCUGAAAAUUCAGUUUCAUAUAUUUCAUAACAAUAUUUAUUUAUAUAAAACGAAUUCAAUAAGUCUUAUCAUAUAAUUUUAAACUUUAUUCAUAUUGCAAUAUACAUGUUAUUAUUAGUAUGACAUUUCAUUCUACGUCAAUGUCAUUUGUGUAAUUUUUAGGUGUGAUUCUCAAAUUAUUCUUAGAAGUUACAAUUAUCUCAAAAAAGUAUCUUCUUUAAAAAAAUGCAUUUGUGACUAUCACACAUAUCGAUUCGGCAUUAUACUUACAAAUAAUUGUUAAAACGAAUUAUUCUGUAGGUAAUUUAUAUUUCUCUAAAAUACGAAAUCUAUUUUCGUUGAUCCUAGCAUUAAUUACAAAUGGCAACUGGCACUACUUUGCAAAAAGCUAUCGAAUUAGUCACAAAAGCAACAGAAGAAGAUAGGAACAAGAAUUAUGAAGAAGCUCUCCGAUUAUAUGAACACGGUGUUGAAUAUUUUUUACAUGCCAUAAAAUAUGAAGCACAAGGUGAAAAGGCUAAAGACAGCAUUAGAGCCAAAUGUGUUCAAUAUUUAGAAAGAGCUGAAAAAAUUAAAGAAUCUAUAAAAAAAGGAAAAAAGAAGCCAGUUUUAGAUGGUGGAUCGUCCAAAGAAGACAAAAAGAGUGAUAGUGAUGAUGAAGAUGAGGAUCCAGACAAAAAGAAACUUCAGAGCAAAUUAGAAGGCGCUAUAGUUGUUGAGAAACCUCAUGUUAAGUGGAGUGAUGUUGCAGGUCUUGACGCUGCUAAAGAGGCUUUGAAAGAAGCUGUUAUUCUUCCCAUCAGAUUUCCUCAUCUUUUUAGUGGAAAACGGGUACCAUGGAAGGGAAUUUUAUUGUUUGGGCCACCUGGAACAGGUAAAUCAUAUUUGGCAAAAGCAGUAGCCACAGAAGCGAAUAACUCGACAUUCUUCUCGGUUUCUUCAUCUGAUUUGGUUUCAAAAUGGUUGGGUGAAUCAGAAAAAUUAGUGAGAAAUCUUUUUGAAUUAGCACGGGCACAGAAACCGAGCAUUAUAUUUAUUGAUGAGAUAGAUUCUCUAUGUUCAUCUCGUUCUGAUAAUGAAUCAGAAUCAGCCAGAAGAAUCAAAACGGAAUUUUUGAUACAAAUGCAAGGUGUUGGUCAUGAUACUGAGGGCAUAUUAGUUUUGGGCGCUACAAAUAUUCCUUGGGUGUUAGAUUCGGCUAUUAGAAGAAGAUUUGAGAAGAGGAUCUACAUCCCUCUACCAGAAGAGCCUGCUAGAGCAGUAAUGUUCAAGUUGCAUUUAGGUAAUACUCAUACGGAAUUAACUGAAGAAGACAUUAAGGAAUUAGCUGCUAGAACCGAAGGUUAUUCUGGUGCUGAUAUAAGUAUUGUUGUACGAGAUGCACUAAUGCAGCCAGUUCGUAAAGUGCAAACAGCAACUCACUUCAAAAAGAUCCGUGGUCCUUCUCCAUUAGAUCCUAACACCAUCGUGGAUGAUUUAUUACUUCCAUGUUCGCCGGGAGAUCCUGGAGCUGUAGAAAUGUCCUGGAUGGAUAUACCUAGUGAGAAAUUAGCAGAACCACCCGUAACAAUGAAUGACAUGAUGAGGUCAGUGGCUACAUCAAAACCAACAGUUAAUGAAGAUGAUCUCACGAAACUUAAAAAGUUCAUGGAAGAUUUUGGUCAAGAGGGGUAAAAUAUGCGUUGAUUUAUUUUUUAAGGGUCAUAUUCUUGUAUUAUAUUUUUAUUUAAAAAAAAUCACACAACCCUACAAAAUCUGCAUUAAUUGUUUGAAGAUUAUUAGAAAAAAAAACAGAUUUUAUCUUAAUGCUUUACAAUUUUUAUUUUUUUAAUAAAGGAUCUUUUUUUAUAUUACCGCCUUAUUAUAAAGUAAGAUAGUUGAUAUUUGUAUCCAUAACUUAUAAAUUAUAUAAAAAAUUAUGUUUUUAGAACGUUCAUUGUAUAAAAAGAAUAUUAAAAUGCUUAAAUUUGGAACAACUGGCUUAUAUACAUAAAUACGCAGUGUCGUAUCCAAAAUUAAUAUUUGAGGGAUUGUGAUGAUGAAAAAAAAUUACUUCCCCAAUCAUUAUUAAACCGGAUAACUUAUAUUCGAUAAAUAGUUUUUAUAUGAUAAAAUUCGAUAUAAAGUAUGUACGUCCAGCUAGAAGGACCAUUAUUGGUUACAAUUAUUAUUAUUCCCUUUAUAAAUGUUCGUCCAUAUUUGGAUACUCCACUGUAAAAUUUUGUAUUGAAAAUUUGUUAAUCCAUUGUGUUUCAAUAUAGUUAUUUUUUUAAGUUA